UUUGUGGCGUCCAAGGCAAUGCGUCGCAGCAGCUCCAAGAGUGGAGUCGUCCUGGCUGCAGUGGCUAGAGGUCCUGAUGCUUCUCAGAUGCUCACCAGAGCCCAGCUUGGCCAAGAUCCCCCACAAAGGACAGUGCUAGGGGUGCUAACCGAGAAUGGUCAGUACAGGAAGACCUGUGGCCAGGAGAUCACAGCAAUCAGGUGUUUUUCUGGAUCAGAAAAUGUCUUCCCUCCAGCUGGAAAGAAAAUGCUCUCUGAUUGUGGGGUCCUGGAGCCAGCCAAGCAUGGAUUUGAUAUCUACAUGGAUGAGCCUAAGCAGGGGGACAGAGACAGCUGCUCAGGAAGAGAGGGGAUGGCAUUUGAGGAUGUGUAUGAAGUAGAUACCAGCACACUCAAGUCAGACCUUCACUUCCUGCUGGAUUUCAGUACAGUUUCCCCUAUGCUGGUAGAUUCAUCUCUCCAUUUCCAGUCUGAAGAAGCGUCUGAUUUGGGCACAGAUGUGAUAAAUGUGACCGAAUAUGCUGAAGAAAUUCAUCAGUACCUUAGAGAAGCUGAAAUAAGAUACAGACCCAAAGCACACUACAUGAGGAAACAGCCGGACAUCACAGAAAGCAUGCGUACGAUUCUGGUGGAUUGGCUGGUGGAGGUUGGCGAAGAAUAUAAGCUUCGAUCAGAAACUCUGUACCUGGCUGUCAACUUCCUGGACAGGUUUCUUUCCUGCAUGUCUGUUCUGAGAGGGAAAUUGCAGCUUGUAGGGACAGCAGCUAUUUUUCUGGCUUCGAAAUAUGAAGAGAUAUAUCCACCUGAAGUAGAUGAGUUUGUCUAUAUAACUGAUGACACAUACACAAAACGGCAACUAUUAAGGAUGGAACACCUGCUCCUGAAAGUCCUAGCUUUUGAUCUGACAGUUCCAACCACCAACCAAUUUCUCCUUCAGUACUUAAGGCGUCAAGGAGUGUGUGUCAGAACUGAGAACCUGGCCAAGUAUGUAGCAGAACUGAGUCUACUUGAAGCUGAUCCAUUCUUGAAAUAUCUUCCUUCAUUGAUAGCUGCUGCAGCUUACUGCCUGGCAAACUAUAUUGUGAACAGGCACUUCUGGCCAGAAACCCUUGCUGCAUUUACAGGCUACUCAUUAAGUGAAAUUGUGCCUUGCCUGAGUGCGCUACACAAAGCAUGCCUUGACAUACCCCAUCGACCUCAGCAAGCAAUUAGGGAGAAGUAUAAGGCUUCAAAGUACCUGCAUGUGUCCCUCAUGGAACCACCUGCAGUUCUUCCUCUGCAAUAAGUGCCAGAACUGGAGCACUUCCAGAACCCAACCAUCAUAUCAACAGGAUUGCUCUUAGUUUCCAUAAGUUUCUUCAAGUUUGGCCGACUAAUGUCAAUAUAGAUGACUUUUAAAAUAUGUAAAUGUAUUAGGUUCUAUUAGACUUUAGUAGUUAUAAUUUAGUCUAGCAUUUUUAAAGAAUAAACUACUUGCCUUAUGACCAUGUGUUAGGCUUAUUUAUUAGUUAGCGUGGCUGACAGACUUGCCUGGAAUUUUAGUUGAUAAUAUUACAAAUGUCAUCACUAUUUCAAGCAUUCUCCUAAAUUGGUUUUAUAAAUGAGGCAUGCUAUUCAGAUUCAGUGUUGAGGCAUGCAGGGAUUUUCAUGCUUGGUAAAUGGCUUGUUGUUUCCCGAGGAUCUCUAUAGAUUGAAAAAGAAGGGAAAGGCUAGCUCAUGCAGAAUGGUGAAGAGACACCAGCAAGCACUUCUACUCCUGCUUCUUCCACAGUUUAAAUCAGUGGGCUGAGGCCUAAAUGUGUUCAAGUAUAUUUGGUGGUGACUUACAUUUCAUUCUAAUCCAGGAAUGUUAUGCUCAUUUGUAAAAGGAUGCCAUCAUGUCUGUAUUCAGGUUGGAUUUAGGAACUCAUCAGCAUGUUUUUUAGUUUUAGAAGAUGUCUUCUGGGGUAGAAAGAGCAAACUUCAUCAUGAGACUUGAGACUAAUGAAUCCAACCCCUUUACAUAUGUCCUUUGAGAGAUACCCACUCUAAGCUUUGCUGUUGCUUAAAUUAUUCACAAUUCUGUAUUUACUUUCUUACACAUUCAUAUGUGGCACUUUUCAACAGCACUUUGUAGGAUACAAGAUAGAAAAAAUUGAAAGCAAAACAUUUGUUUUGACUUCUAUUUUAAAGAUUGAAAGGAAAAAUGAGAGUAGAUUUGUUCUUAAAUGUGAAUUAUGCUUAUUGAGGAUUAAAUGUGAGCUUUGUGUUUGUGUUGUUGUUAAGCACAAAAUUGGUGGUUCUGGGCCAGUAGGUCUUAAUGGCUCAUGAACCUUCUGUGCUGUGUGCUUGUCCUCUGGGGAGAGGCCUCUGUUUGUGGACCUGCCCCCAGGCUCAGUCUGAAUGACUCUGGAGGCAAAAAGAAGGAAAUAUGUUUUCUGGAUUCCCUUCACAUAGGAAAGAUUAGAUGUGGGUAUAUUUUGGAAAAAUGAGAGUAGAUGAAAUUCACUCCAUGUUUUACACUUUUUUCAAGCUCUAAUGGAAUUAUGAAUAUAAAAAUAUAGACAUAUUUUGUGAAUAAUUUUUUUUAUAUUUGAAAGUACUCCCACACUCUUACAAGGUUUUAGCAUUGCUCCCUCCUUUUCCCCUGCAGAUAAACAUUCUCAAGUUGUCUCCAUUUGAAGAAAUCAACAUUUUCUUAAGUUUUUUUAUAUUUAUAACAUAUGUUUCAUAAGGGAACAUAGGUCCUAUAUCAAUAUUGAAUUCUCUAUGUUUAUGUUAUAUAAUGAACAAUUGGCAAUGUCACCUGGUUUAUGUCUGGGUGACAUAAACUGCAUAUAUAUGCUGAACUUUCCAGCAGUCCUGCAAAUGGUAGUGCAAUCCCUUCUCAGUGGGGCAGGUGGCUGAUUUUGGUCACAGAAGUUCUGUAUUUGCCCCUUUCAAACCUUAAAGAUUUGAGCAACUCAGCCAGGGAAGCUUCCUGUCAUUCUCUAUCUGUUU